AUGACCCCCCGGCUCCAGCUAAUCACCCUCCCAGAGCUCCCCCUUCUCCAUAAGUCCGUUGAAACCCCUCCUCCCUCGAGCCCUCCCCCUAACAAUCUCAUCCUAGACGGCGGCGCCUGCGUGGCAAUGGUGGGCAAGGACUGCGUCGCGAUAGCCUGCGACCUGCGCCUCGGCCUCCAGGCCCUGACCGUGUCCAACAACUUCCCCAAGAUCUUCCAGUACGGCGACGUCUUCCUCGGCCUCACGGGCCUCGCCACGGACGUCACCACGGUCGGCGACCUCUUCCGCUACAAGUCCAACAUGUACCGCCUCCGUGAGGAGCGCAACAUCGCGCCCCGCACCUUUGCGAACCUCGUCUCCUCGUCCCUCUACGAGCGCCGCUUCGGCCCCUACUUUGUCUCCCCCGUCGUCGCCGGCCUCGACCCCAAGACGGGGAAGCCCUUCAUCUGCGGCUUCGACUCGAUCGGCUGCAUCGACUUUGCCAAGGACUUUAUCGUCUCCGGCACGGCGUCCGAGCAGCUGUUUGGCAUGUGCGAGAGCUUGUGGGAGCCUGAUCUGUCCCUUCUCAACGCCGUCGAUCGCGACGCCCUGUCCGGCUGGGGCGCGCACGUCUACAUCAUUGAGAAGGACAAGGUUACCAAGAGGCUACUCAAGGGCAGGCAAGACUAA